UGUUUUUUUUUUUUUUUUUUUUCCCCUAGAUGAGAGAUGGAGAUACAGUCCUCCUCAUAAUAUUCUCGGUUCGGUUGUUCUGACAUAUUUUCAAAGCACUCUGACAAAAAAAAAGGAGAUUUCGAUUAUAUUUCUGAGGCUUUAAAGUCACGCUACAAAUUAAACCGCGAACCGAAAAGGACAUUCUGCAUCUCUCAGAAACAACUAUGAGUGAGAACAGUUCAUCUGAUCCUCCCAACAGCACUCGGGGGCCCGCCACAGAUGGAAAAGCCGCCCAGGAGAAACCGGCGGACAAAGCGGGGAAGCCCCCUACGCAAGAACCCGAAGAAGAGAUCGACAUUGAUCUGGAGGCGCCAGAGACAGAAAAAGCAGCUUUGGCAAUACAGAAUCAGUUUAGACGCUUCCAGAAGAAAAAGAAGUAGAAAAGGGAAGCCUGAACGAGAGGAAUCGGUGGACAAAAACGCCUUCCACAAUAUUCACCAUGAAAAGAGAAUUAAUAAGGAAGAGACAGAGGUGGUGGGUGGGAAAUUAGGGGUUUGGAAAACAAAUGAUAGCCCUGUGGCAUCAACAUGCUGGGUUGAUUAGAGUUUAGGACAUACGAAUAGGGCAGGAUUUUCACUUUAAAAGACAUGGCAGAUUCUGUUCUCACUAUAUUUGUCUAGAUUUGUCUCCAUCCUUCUUCUUCUCUCCUGUAGACAUUAAUAUAGGAACGUCAGUUACUGACAUGUGCAACACACAUCUGUCAUUUAAUGUAUUUAGUAUCAUUGAUGCAACAGAAUAAAUGUAAGUGAUAUAAACUUAAGAAUUCAAAGGGCAGUAAAUGACCAAAUGUUGCACCGCACUUACAGUAAAACAUGUUGGUGUGAAUCAGUAUUAUAGAUACGAAGUAGCUUAGUUGUAAAUCUAUUCUUAGAGUUAGCUGUUAAUUGUUUUUUUUCUUUAAAGUGACAAGUGAUUAAAAAAAUUAAGAAAUCUUUAUAUGGACAACAGACCAAAUAAUCAUAAUUUGAUAACAGACAAAAAUAUAUAAUACCUUAACAUUCUCAGAAAAAUUAGCAAUAGCAAUAUCUUGCAUAUUUAUGCAUUUUUGGACAGGGAUUUAAAUUGAAUAGCUUGUUAUUUUUACAAUUAGCCCUAAUAAACAGGCCAAUGGACUUGAAAUACAUGUAAAACCGGCAAGUUUAACAGUUUUGUUCAGUAUAUUAUUGGCUGAAUUUAGCACAAGGUCAAGAACCUUGUUUAGUCACAUCAUACUCGCUUAAAUUAGCAUAAAUUCCUUUAAUUUUUGCUUUAAUGCCAGAAGUCGCAGGCAUGCAGUGAUAUCCUUGAAUUUUUGGAGAGUGGUGACUGAAAUGAAGAUGAUUAUCAAGGAAAGUGUAACAUUUUGAUCUAUUUUAAGUGUCUUUCUCUUUCUCCUUCCCCUAUAAUUAAAGCGGUCUCCACAGAUCUCUCAGAAUAGCUCGUAAUAAUGAGAGCAGUAUAUAGACACUCAUGAUUAUCUUGCAGUUAAUGGGACAAAUUACGUCUGUAAUUGCAUUGAGAUAGGUGGGAUGAAAAUGUCAUCUGUGCUUGAUCGUUUUCAGAUAACCACUGGCAAUGCAAUAAUUGAAUACAUCUGUUAUUAUUCUGUACAUUUUAUAUGAAGUAUGACACAUUUUGCUGUUGGACAGACAUUUAUCUCCUCCUGUAUUGCCCUGUACUUCUUUUUCUCUGUGUGUGUGUAAUCGUGUGCUUGAGUGCUCUAUCCUACACUUGUUUCUUUUUUUUCUCAGUGUGACUCAGAGCUUCAAUAGAAAGAAUUGUAUGUCCUGACCUGAAUUGUAUGUACUUGGGGCAAUGAGUAGAUGGUUACAUAAAGUAAAGAACAUUAUAUAACA